AUGGCUUCGACGAUGGCUGCCAAUGCAUCCAGCGUACACAACGUACGAUCGAACCGAGCUACCAAUAUGGGUUCAUCUGGGAUGAACAAUGAUCGCUCGCGUGGAUCUCACGGCAAUGGUGUGACCAAGGGCUUCGGUGCUGGCAAGUCCAGCUGGAAUAGCAACAUCUGGGGUGACUCCAACCUAGGAGGUGGGUUUGGGGAUGACCAACACAUUGGCGAGUCGGCGUUCGAAGCAAAGUCGGGCUCCGGCUCACUGCUGUCCUCAUCAGAAUCUGAUGGUUGGGCCGGACGCCCCAAUUUGCCCUGGAGCACUGUGAAUACCUCGUCGUUAUCGAUGAACCAGAGCAGGGGCAUGGCCACAUCUCCCAUUCAGACCCGUGCGAAUGACCGAAGCGCUCCCGCCCUGAACGAUGCGAGUGAUGCAUCCUACUUUGCUCUCCCCCGUACUACUGGCAUGGGAGCCUCUGCUGGCACUGUCAGCCACCGCCCUUAUCUGAACAGUGGAUCGGAAGGCAUCUCCCCAUCGGGAGAUGCUAUGUCUUUCACUGGAUUUUCCGGGCUUCGAAAUGGCGAUGGACGGCGACAGAUGAGCUCCGCAGGCCUCAGCGGCAGUCCUGUAGGGACAACUUUCCCCGUAAAGUCUGGGUUCACCGGUUCUCUUGAUGCCUCGCGGCAGGAAGACAUGGCUGCUUCCAUGGGUAUGGGAUCGCUUGCUUCUGGACUGCCAGAUAGCAUGUCUCCCCCACAAGCCCGCAGCGCUCUCUCUCACAUGUCCCACAACUCCGCCUCCUACGCUGCUCAACGUCCUGCUCAUUCCGCUCAUCCCUCUUUCUACUCGGACAAUCACAGCGUUGACAGUCGUUACGGUAACAAUUCCAUCGACCUCAGCGGAGGAUUCAACAAAUUGCAGUUGAACGACAAUGGAUUUGCCAACCAGGGGUCAGCACAACGUCCUCCGUUUGUUACACACGCUUCGUUUGAUGGAGCUCUUCAUCGUGGAAAAUAUCAAAACUCCGAUGAUGCCAACUAUCAAGCUCUUGCUGCUUACACAGCUGAAGGCGCUCAAGAUGUGCAUCUUGCGUACCAGGCUCGGUCUCGCGGUGGAGACACUGGCUCUAUCUCCCCGUCCGACUACGCUCGCAUGGACAGUCCUCUAUACCCUGGUAUGGAUGCUGCAGCCCAAUAUCGGAACUCCUCCGCCGGGCGUAUCACUGACAAUCAAGCUGUAGCCUUUGAACGUCCUCUGCGCAAUUUCCAGGACCAGGACUAUGUCCAGGCCCAGGGUAACACCGUCCAACGUAUGCCGAUGACGUCGUCUUACGACUACCAGGGCUAUCAGGCUGCCCGACUGAACGCCCUCCAGGGCUUCUACCCUAUGGCUCAGCUCGGCGGGCUUGGUGCGGCUGCUCUUGUGUCUCGCGCUCACCGCGAGCAUGAUCCUACGCAAGUUGUUCGCAGCCCACUCCUCGAAGAAUUCCGUGCGAACAGCAAAGGCAACAAGCGGUAUGAACUGAAGGACAUUUACAACCACGUCGUGGAGUUUAGUGGGGAUCAGCAUGGAUCGCGUUUCAUCCAGCAGAAGUUGGAGACCGCCAACAGCGACGAGAAGGAGCAGGUCUUCCGGGAAAUCCAGCCGAACUGCUUGCAACUGAUGACUGAUGUCUUCGGCAACUAUGUUGUACAGAAACUCUUCGAACAUGGAAAUCAAACCCAGAAGAAGGUCCUUGCUAACCAGAUGCGUGGUCAUGUACUCGCUCUGUCGACACAAAUGUACGGCUGUCGUGUCGUUCAGAAGGCCCUCGAACACAUUCUCACCGACCAGCAAGCUGCCAUGGUUAAGGAGCUGGAGAACCAUGUCCUCAAAUGUGUGCGCGAUCAGAAUGGUAACCACGUGAUCCAAAAGGCUAUCGAACGAGUGCCUUCUCAAUACGUGCAAUUCAUAAUCAACGCUUUUCGGGGCCAAGUCAACAGACUUGCUGCUCACCCUUAUGGUUGCCGUGUCAUUCAGAGAAUGUUGGAGCACUGCGAGGAAGAGGAUAGAGAAUCUAUUCUUGCUGAACUUCACGCCUGCACUGCCAAUCUCAUCCCUGACCAGUUCGGUAACUAUGUGAUUCAGCAUGUAAUUGAGAAUGGGGAUGCAAAGGACCGUGACCGCAUGAUUCAGAUUGUCAUGUCGCAGCUCCUUGCUUACUCCAAGCACAAGUUCGCAAGCAAUGUGGUCGAGAAGAGUAUUGAGUUCGGCGACGAGAGCCAACGUCACCACAUCAUCUCUACUCUAACCUCUCCCAACGACCGAGGCGAGAGCCCUCUGCUUGGUUUGAUGCGUGAUCAGUAUGGAAAUUACGUGAUCCAAAAAGUGCUUGGUCAACUGAAGGGUGCCGAGCGUGAUGCUCUUAUCGACCAGAUCAAGCCUCUUCUGAGCCAGUUGAAGAAGUUCAGCUAUGGAAAGCAGAUUGUUGCGAUCGAGAAGCUUAUCUUCGACCCCAACUCUCCCACUACGGGUCCGCUAUCCCACACCACUUCCACCACCCCCCCAAAUUCUCACAAAUCCUCACCGCAGCCAUCUAAGCGCACUGUUCCCACCAUGGAACAGCCUCGUGCCCCCUUUGUGGGCACGGCUCCCCCCACGCCACCUCCUACCGAUAACCAGAGCACCAUCGACGGCUCCCUCGAGUCCAAGGGUCUUGCCAAGAGCACUGUGACCUCGGUAUCUAGUCCUGAGACGGGCAGCACCGGUGCCCCUGUCCCGGUCGAUGGUCACUAA